AAAUUGGUGCAAUGGGAAAUUUAGUGUGAAGAGUUUUUGUUUAAUAAAUAAAUAAAUAAUUCAUUGAAAUCAAUAAUGAAAAUACAAUUAAUUUAAAGAAAAUGAAUAUAAUAAAAAUUUUAUAAUUAAGUCUAUCUACCAGUGUGAAAAAUAGUUAAUAAUCCGUAAUUGAAAAAGUUUGAAAAACAUGAAUAGAUAAAUUUUCUCAUGUAAAAAAAAAGUUGUGCACUGAUUUCGCAAAAAUAAAAGAAAUGAUGAAGAGUGAAAGAAAAUCGUAAAAGCAAAUAACAUAAUAGACAUAAUUUUUAUAAAAAGUUUAUUUAAAAGAGAAAUUUUAUUUAUUAUUUUAGCAUUUCCGAAUUUAUAAUUGUUAAUAAAUGUGCAAAUAAUUUAAUAUUAUUAUUCCAAUUAGAAAAUAAAAAAAUCAAAUUGUGAUUGUCUAACAAAAGAGGAAAAAAUUCAUUUGUGUGUCCUUGAAGAGAGUUCAACCCCAUUUGCAAAAGAAAAGAAACAACAAAAAAUAUAGAAAAAAUACUACACGAAAAAAUAAUCUAGUCUCACUGUGGGUCUUAAUUGAAAUUACGAAAAAGAAAAUUGGUUGAACAAAACAUGUCUACGGAUCAUGUAGGCAAACGAAUGGCAAAAUGUUUAACAUUAAAUGAUACCAUUAAGACUUCAACAACAACGACAACAACACCAGCAUCCACGUCAACAAUUGAUAAUCAAGCGUCGUUACCUAAAAAACAAACACAACAACAACAACAUGAAAUAACAAAAAAAACGAAUAACUCUAGCGAUAGAAACAAUAGUGGUGUAAACACCAACAAUGUCUCCUCCGUGAGCAGCAAUAGACCUUAUGUUGUAAUGCGAAAACUAAAGAGUACUAGUAGCAAUAGCAGUAGCUGUAACAAUGGACAACAGCAGCAGCACACAAUUGAUAUGGCAAAUUCUUCAAUGAGCAGCCAAAGUUUCACAAAUGAUUCCGGUAAUCCAACAUCGCCAAGUUCCUUGUCAUCGGCUUCGCCUACAUCACCACCAGGCGGAGAUCCGGGAUCGGCUGAACUGCGCCAAUUAAAACGAGAUUGUGAUCCACAAUUUUCUCGAUUCGCGGAUUAUUUCGUAAUAUGCGGUUUAGAUUUGGAUACUGGUUUAGAACCCGAUCGAUUUGCUGGUGAUAAUUUACAUUGCUCUCCUUUGGAUCGUGCUUAUAAAAGCAAACCCUUGGCCCAUUAUCCCGAAAAUGUUUCAUGGAAUCCAUUUGAUUCACAUGGUAUAUGUAUGCUAUCUUUGCCGCAAGGAUUGAGAUUUCGCACCCAAAAGCAUAAUAUUGAACCCAAAUUUCACUCAUUCGCUACUACCCGAGAAGAUGGGAAACGAUGUUAUGGUUUUAGUUUAGUAUUCAAUGAAGAAAUACGUAAUCGUAAUAUAUGCAGCGCCAUGCAUACAUUACAGUCCAUGUUCAUAACAGAACUCUCUAAUGGCCAACAAACACAUUCAUUAACACGCAUUAAGGACAGUCCAGUAAGUCGUUCUUUGCCACGCCAUUUUAAAGUGGCCGGCCAAGCACCACAGUCAGCACAAAGUUACUAUGACAUCACUAAAGAUAAACUCUAUGUUGCCAAAAGUAUUACAUUGAUAUGUCAAAUACCAUACGCAUAUGCAGCCGAAAUAUUUCUUACAAAUCUAUACAGAUGUCUUCCGCGUCAGCCGGGUCCAGGCAUUAGUCUCGAAUCUUACGUUUAUAAUAUACUCUACGAAGUAAUGUUACCUCAGCCUGGCAAAUCUAUACGAAUUUACUUGCCACCCUCAGAAGCACAUUUGCCAGCUUUAUCAUUAACAUUGCAGAGGCCAGAUACGCGUAGCGAAUUACCAUUAUUGGAUUUUCCCUUACGUUUGCUAUUCACCUAUUUGGGUGUCGAAUGUGUUAUACAAUUGUUAACAUGCGUUUUGUUAGAAAAUCAAGUCCUAUUACGUUCAAAUGAUUACCAAAAAUUAAUGAUAGUUGGUGAAUGUAUUACUUCUAUACUAUUCCCAUUUAUGUGGCCUCAUGUGUAUGCACCAAUUUUACCAGCCGCUUUACACCACUUCCUAGAUGCCCCGGUGCCCUUUGUUAUGGGUUUGCAUGCCGACUGUGAGGCCGCCAAUAAAAUUGGGUCAGAAGCAACCCUCUGUUUUGUAGACAUCGAUAAGAAAAUUAUACAAUUACCCGAGGAACUUCCAGUUUUUCCUCACAAAAUCGAUUUUAUGGCCGAAAUAAUUUCAAUUUUGGAUAAAUUUGAAAUAGAACGCGAUCGUAUGUAUGAACCUAAUCUUAGGAACGGUUAUUCUACACGUGAUCAUGAUGUUAUGAUAAGUAGCUGCACUCUGCCAAGCGGCCUACAAGCAGCAAGACGUAGUAAAGAACGAUUCCAACAAUUACAAGAAACGGUUUAUACACUGGGUUCAUCGCCAGAUGGCAGUUCUCAUAGUAAUUUACAUUAUCAGCCUUUAGUGGCUCAUCCCUCGAAAAUUGAUCAUGUUCCCCGUAUAGCUGAUUUUCUUAGACGUAAGGGUGUGCGCACCUCGUCUCCAGUAGCGGGUGGUGAUUGUGUCGAUGCUACAGCUGCCGUAUCACCGGCUAGUAUGUCACCCACUAGAUCCCGGGGUAAGGAGAUCAAAACAACGCCAAAGCUAACACCUGAAGAACAAUAUUACCAAGAUUUACGUAUAAACAAUGCCAUACGAGAGAUUUUCUUGAAUCGCUUCGUACACAUGUUUUUCGCUUAUGAAUUUUUCGUCAUUUAUCCCAAUCAAGAUAGAAAUGAAUGGCUUAGUAAUCGCGAGACAUUGCAGAAUUUUGACAAAUCAUCAUUUUUGUCCGAUCAGCCAGAGCAUCAUCGCCCAUUUUUGUCACAAUUUUUAGAAUCUCAAAUGUUUGCUACUUUAGUAGACAAUAAAAUACUCUCCGUAUGGGACAAGGAACCAGAAUCUAAUUUGAAACUAUUCGAUCAAAGGGUUAAACUAUUAAGAAAACGUCAUGGUGAAAAUAUGAUUUGUGCAACCAGCUACGAGCCGUGCGUUAUUAGUCAAGAUGCUCAGCAAGUUUUUGAAAAACGUCUUAACUGUGUGGACAUUGAAGUAACGCCACCCAGUGAAAUAUUAUCUAAUCGUGCAGCUUACUUUCGCAGCUUUCCCAUUCUUGAGAAGAACGUUUUGAAUCAAGAAUGUGCUUCGAGAGGUAAUAGCUUGAGACGAGUAAAAAAUGGCAAUAAAUGGAGAGCCAAAGAAAUUAAUUUCGAUCAAAAACCAACAACGAACAUUGCCCUAAAUAGAUUAUCGGCUAACUUAACAAAUGCCGAAUUAAGUCCGGCGUUGAUCGCCCAAGCUAAUUGGACCUUUGUGGAAAGAUUGUUAAAGGACAUCAAAAGUAAAACAAAACGCAUGCUAUUAGAAAAGAUGGGUACAGAAGCGGUUGCUUUAGGUUUAAAUAAAAACGAUGGCAUCGAAGAGAACACUCUUAUAGCUUCGCUGUGUGAUUUAUUGGAGAAAAUCUGGUCGCACGGUUUGCAAACGAAGCAGGGCAAAUCUGCUUUAUGGUCUCAUUUACAAGCAUAUGUAGAAUUACAAGAUGCCCGCUCUUCAAAUUCGAGUACAACUAAUAGUCCGAUAUUGAAUGCAACAGGAGGUUCGCCAAAGUCCGGCAAUAAAGUGGGUGUGACAAGUAGUUAUGCGGUAGCAGCACCAGCAUUAGCUUGGAAUGUUAUGCGCAAACGUAUGGAUUAUUUAUCUACUUUUCAAACGGAUUUUGAUAAUCCGCCUAGUCCAAAUCGUAGUCGUUCAAGGGAUCGAAAUAAAUUUGUGGGUCUUGAACAGCUAUGUCCGCUACCAGAAUCGUUAGAAUUUGAUGUCAAAAAUGUUAUGGCUAUGGCUGAUAUAAAAACACACAUUGGUUACACUAGAGCUUGGGUGCGUUUGUCGCUUGAGAAAAAAUUACUUUCCAGACAUUUUCGUACUCUAUUAUCGGAUGAUACAUUAUUACGUUCACUUUACAAACGUUCGGCAUUCUUGAGAUGUGAAGAAGAAAAAGAGCAGUUUUUAUAUCAUUUAUUGACAUUAAAUACGGUCGACUAUUGUUCAUUUACCAAUACUUAUCCCACAACAAAACUUCCUUAUCGUGUGGUUAUAUUUCCCUCACGUAAAUAUGGCUCGUAUCAUACUUCCAGUAAUGUGUGGAUUAUAGUCUCGGGCACAUCAAACGAAACCCAAAGGGUACCGGUACCAAAAGGGUCUUUAGAAUUUAUAUUUCACUAUAAAAAUCUAGGUUUAUUAACUACCAUGCGCAUUGGUCAUGAUAAUAGUGGAGCCUCUAACAAGUGGCUAGUGGAACACGUAGUAAUGCGUAAUGAAGUUACUGGUCAUACAUACAAAUUUCCUUGUGGUCGUUGGUUAGGAAAAGGCGUCGAUGAUGAUUCUACGGAACGUUUGUUGGUUGGUCAACGCGUUUCUACAAGUGUAAAAAAUGCCGAAUUGGUUCAGGCUUGUCAUACACCACCCCGUACUCGUAGUCCCAGUGUUCAUCGUGGUCAAGAUUUACCACCACCUUCGGAAAUUCAACACAAAUUGGGAAAUUGUGUUAAUGUAAUUGUCAAGUGGCAUUAUAAACCCAGUCGUGAUCGUGAUGUUGGCACCUUUACGAAUCUAUUAUGUGGCGAUGAUGGUCUAGUGAAAUGUUUGGAGAAUGUAUUCCUUUGUGGUUUUCGUUCGUCACGUUUCUUUGGCCGAAAUCUUUAUAUAUGGGAUUAUUUUACUAAAAUAAAAGAAACAUUUGAGCAAUAUUUGUUACAAGAUCAGCAGUUGGAUGAUUCCGGUUCUAGUCUAGACUCUUCGAUUAAUUCUAAUAGUGCUAACAGUCUUCAAAGAAGAGAACUAUGUGCCAUAUGGCGUUACUAUGUACACCUAAUGGAUGAAAUCACUAAAGUUGGCAAUACCUUAGGAAAGGAUGGCAAAUUUCAAUUACUUAUAUGUCUAAGUCUAAGAGAACACUUACUAACUCGUAUGAUACGACCCAUGUCUUUGUGUAAGGUCACACAUGAAAUGUAUGAAGAGGAAAGUUUUCUUAGACGUAAAAAUCUUUUAACAUUUCUCAUACAGAUAUUAGAACCAUUGGAUGAAUGUCAUAUUGUUUUAGAAAACUCAAUAACACAAGGCAUUUCAUCGCAGUGUUAAAAACAAAUCUGAUUACUUACCAACCUAUAGAAUCUCUAUAUGAAAUACUCAUUUUUUCCAGCAUAGUUUAUAAGAUAAAAAUAACACCUUAAGAUACUUGCCCUCCAAGAACAACAAUUUAAAUUUCUUGCCCCCUAUUUAUACUUAUAUAAGUACGUGAAGAGAACUAACAAACAAAACAAAAAAGACAUUUAUUAAACAAAAAUCUCCAAAACCAAAGCAGUGCAACACAAAUUUUAUUUUUAAACAAAUAAAUUAAAAACCAAAGUAAUUUUAAAUUAUUAAUACAUACCUACAUAUAUUAAAAUAAAAACCAAGAAACUAAGUUUUGUUGUGUGCAAUUAAGUGGAAAGGCAAUUAAUGAAAAAUUCAUUGAACUAUUUACAUUCAUUUUUUAAUGUUUAUUACGUUAUUAUUUUUUUUUUUAUUUUAUUUUUAUAGUUACAAACACAUGAAGUACUGAAGAUGUUUGAAAUUUUCUAAAUAAUUUUUACUAUUUUCCUUCUUUAAAAGUUGAUUAAAAAUUUAACGAAUUAUAAAAUGUACUUCAUACUUGCCAAGGUAGCUUUAGUUUAAGUGUAAUUUUUAACCAAAGAUUUCUGUUUCUUAGUUUUUCCUUUACAAUUUAAUAUACUGUGAGUUUCUUAAAUUUCGUAGAUUUUUUUUUAACAAUUUAUGCAAAUUUCUUAGUAAAUAAUAAUUUUCCUAUUUUCUUUAAGAAUGAUAUUUUAUUUUUAUAAAAUCAACCCUCAGAUAAAUUUUAAAACGAGUUUACAUUAAAUUAAAAUAUAUACAUACAACUAUGGAAGGUUCAUUUUAAAAAAGAAAAUCAUUACAAAAUAAAAAUGUUUUAUGUUAAAAUAAAAAAA